AUGAAUGUGUCACUGAAACAAUUGGAUCCAAAUUUUAUCAUAUAUUUUGAAAAUAAGGGAACCAAUCAAGAACUCCUUCUUAAUAAAUUACAAACUGAAAAAAUUCCCGCCUUUGGAAGUACUACUGUAAAUCAGGACGAUGGCUAUGCGUACGUAAGAUUAGAUCCAACUGAAGAUAGACUACUUGAUUUGUUUGAUGUCAUAACAAAUUUGAAAUAUAUUAAGAAAGUAGUACCAAUAUAUGAUCAAUCAACCCAAAAACGAAUUAAUUACUACGUUAGAAACAUAUUGAGAAAUAUCUUAAAAACACCAAAUGAAAAGGAAUUGAUUGCGUUAACUACAUUGAGCGGUGACCCAGAUCUAGGUCUAUAUUUCAUAUAUUUUACAUAUUAUAUGAAAUCUUUGUUCGUUGCAGGUAUUCUUGGUUUAGGCUUCAGGUUUUACUACGGUAGUAGAGAAUCGGAAUUUAAUUUGUCAUAUACGUUGAGUAUUGUAUUAUGGAGUAUUUUUUUCACAAUUAAUUGGAUUUAUUAUAGGAAGCCAUAUUAUGUUAGUAAAUUGUAUCAAACUCAAAAGAUAUCGUUUACUGAUAUUGUAAACAAAAAUAAAUUAGGAAAUGAAAGUUCUCAUAAGUCAAUACUAUUAAAAAAAAUUAUUUUUGUACCCAUUGUAUUAGUGUUCAUGAUCGGAUUAGUCUUCCUUCAAUUAUCAUGUUUUUCAUUAGAAAUAUUUGUCACACAAUUAUAUGAUGGUAAUUAUAUAGGUGUGUUUUCUUUAAUCCCACCAAUAUUAUUGUCAGUGCUCACACCAAUAUUGUUAGCCGUCUAUAAUCUAAUAUUUGUCAAUCCAUUUGUGACAUUAGAGAAUGGACCUGCUCCAAAGAGUUCAAAAUUGGAAAAAAAUAUACCAUUUUUAUUCUUAAUGAAUUUUUCACCCUUAUUGAUUACAUUAUUUUUAUAUUAUCCAUUUGGUUCAGUAUUUGCAAAAAAAUGGAGUAACGAAUUUAGACCUCAAUUAAUGAAGGAAUAUACAUUACCAUUAAAAAAAACUGAUUUUAUUGCAGACAAAAAUCGUCAUAAUGCUCAAAUAAUUUAUUUUACCAUUACUAACCAAAUAAUUUUAUUGACAAUGGAUAACAUUUUACCAAUUAUUUUGAAUAAAGUUACCCAAUUCAUAACGGGUUCGAACAAACCAACUUCAAAACAAUCACUCACUAAAUUGCAUAUUAUGAACGUAAACCCAUCAGAGAUUGAAUAUUGGGAACAAGGUGAAUUUUAUAAGGAUAAUGUAUGGGGAAAUUUUGAUGUCGAUGAAAAUAUGAAAAAAUUAAUUCUUCAACUUGGAUUUGUGAUGCUCUUUUCGACUAUAUGGCCAUUGACUCCAUUGGUUUAUUUGACAUUUAAUUUAGUUGUUUUCAGAGCCGAUCUUGUAAGGAGUUUGCAUAAGUGUACUCCAUCUUCAAUCCCAAAUAAUUUGGUUGCUCCACUCCAAUUGUUUACGCAACAUCAUUCAUCUCUUGGUUCUUGGGAUGUCAUUCUUCAAAUUACCACAUGGUUAGGAACAAUUAUUAGUCCCUUAGCAUCCUUAAUGUAUCAUCACAGACCACAACAAAUGAUGUCAUCAACAAAUUUGGGUUCGAAAACUGCACGAGGUAUUCGUUAUUUAAAUUCAUUCCUAGAGACAAAAUCAAACAUACCUGUCAUUAUGGGCUUAGAGCAAUUAUCUCUGCUGUUGCUCGUCGUCAUAUAUAAAGUCUGUACUACUCAGAGGCACAAUGCAAAUUCAAGCAUCAGUAAAAGAAACACGACUAGAGAAACGGAAAAGUAUGAUACCGUGAGUAUUGCUGCUGUGGUUUCAUCGAGAAAUAACAAAUUGAUGGAUAAUAUUCCAAUAAAUGCUAGUUUAGCAAAAUCCACGCAAGCAAUUGCAAUUGGAACGUCAACUAGUAUCAAUGAAGGAAAGACUGGUGUUUUACACUCUCGAAGACGGGGAACUACAUUACCAACUGAUACACAACCUCAUAUUGAAAUACAAAGAUCUAUCAAUAUUAAGGCUGGGGAUGAGACCACUCCUAUGAAGGAUAUGCCACAAUCGGAAACUGUUAACGAAACCCAAGCAAAGCAUAGGAAUUCCAUAAUAUCAAUGGAAAAAUUCAUUGGUAAGUUGAAACCACAUCAUACCCCUCAUGAAGAAAUAGAGUACCCUCCGCCAGAGGUCUACACCUCAGCUAAAUAUCAUGAAAUGAAUGAAACUCAUUUCCCAGAAACCUUAAGAGAAAAUGGGAAACAACGUGAGCAUCGAUCUGCCAGUCUCAGUUCUACAUCACAUAUGCCCUCUGUAUCACCAAAUUCUUUGGCAGCUACAGCGGCUAUGGCAGCUCUAUCUGGAGAAGGAAACUACAGGAACAUCGAAACAAAAAACGCUAAAUUGGAUAGGUCUUUAGAAAAGUCUGAGAAGCGUGAGAAUGUUUUGCGGAACGUAACGAAUACAGAAAGGCAGUCAUCAACAAUACUGAAACGAAGGUCACAAAAGAAUGAUCCUUCGCAUAAAACUCAUAUUCCAAAGCCAGAAACUCCACCGAUGCACAAGGUUAAAAGAUUGAAUGAUGAAAGAAAAAAAAUUCCUGAAGAAGAUAGCAAGAAAAAGAAAGGAAUUUUUAGUAAAUUGAAAAACAAAAUUUGA